AUGAAACCACACGAAGAAAAAGAAGACACCGAUUUCAUUCCGAUGGCCAACACGAUCAUUUUGGAAUAUUUACUCGAAUAUUGCGGAUCAGUUUCUGAAGUACUUUUAAAAGAAAUUAAAACGAAUUAUGUUGGUCAAGAUGUUUUUAUUCGUGUCCGACUCUUGGCUUUACAAUUUAAAGAAUUACCCGAUAUAUUAAACAACGAUGAAUCGAAAUUUGAUCAACGCUUGAACACAUUAAUGAAAUCUUUGAGAGAUCUCCUUUCUGAGAUUAAUGAUCAAGAUUUUCGAAACAAGUUCUUUGUGUUGGCUAGUUUUGAUAAAAAGCCUUUUCAAUCCAAAUUAGACAAAUGGGAAAAGAAGCUCAAAUCAUCCCUUAACUCAACACAAAAGCAAGCAGCACUGGAAGGUUUGAUUAAUAAUGUUGAUAAGCUCUGCUCAUGUCUUCCUCAACCAGUACGAAUGAUUGAAUUACUGAAAAGUGGUAGUUCCACCAUGACGCAGCAACUGCGUUCUCAAUUUCGAAAAGAUUCUUCUACAGUAUCAUCUAGCAAAGUAUCUACUAUUCAACAAACAUCAAAUGACAACUCUACAGCCGACACUACACGACAGUCCGUGACAACACCCAAGAAAAAACUCAAGCAAACUGUUUUGACUCCCUUCACUCCCCAACAACAAGUAGAAGCCACCAUAGAGAAGGUCACUAUUUCGCAACAUUCAAAGAGCCAAAUUUCAUCUGCGGGUAUGGAAAACGAAGAGAUGGAUACAGCAUGUGGAAUGAGUGGUUUUGAAAGGUCUAAUUCGACGGAUUACAACGAAUUUAUCCUUAAUAGAACCAAAAAAAAGCAAGACACAAAAUAUACCACCUUGGUGAAAGUGUUAGAAGAGGAGCUUGAGAAUAACGAAAUGCUUGAUGAAGAAUGUUCAACUGAAGGCGACCCUGAGUCUGAUGACGCAGUAAUUGUUGAAUCUAGUGAAGAAGAGGCGAAAAAGCGGCCAAGGAGGACCAGAAAACCUAAGAAAGAAAAACUAAAUCCAUCAAUAGCUAGGUCAAUAAUUCGAGAGUCCGCUUCAACACCAAAAAAACCAAAUAGAUUUUGGACAGAGUUAGAGGUGAAAGCGUUAGAAUCUGGUUAUAAGGAGUUUGGAAAUGAUUGGGAGAGAAUCCUCGUUGAAUAUAGAGAAAUUUUUCAUGAAUCAAGAAAUCCUUCGGCUUUAAAAGAACGCUUUAUUCGAGCCUUAGCUCCCAAAUUUAAAGAGAAGUAUGGCCAUGUAGAAUUGUAA